GGGGGCGCGCGCGGGUGUGAGCGUGUGUCCGUGUGCGAGUGUGUGUGCGCCGGGCGGGCGGGCACUGCAGCUUCUUCCUUCGUGGAGCGGAGAGCGAGAGAGAGCUAGAGCGAGUGAGAGAGCGGCGAAGGCGGGCAGAGGGGCGCGGGCGAGGCGGCGCGGCCAUCCCCAAGCCCGGCGCCGCGCCGCCACCAUGCUAAACAACCUGACGGACUGCGAGGACGGCGAUGGGGGAGCCAACCCCGGUGAUGGCAACCCCAAGGAGAGCAGUCCCUUCAUCAACAACACCGACACAGAGAAGGGAAAGGAGUACGAAGGCAAGAACAUGGCCCUGUUUGAGGAGGAGAUGGACACCAGCCCCAUGGUGUCCUCUUUGCUCAGUGGCCUGGCCAACUAUACCAACUUGCCCCAGGGAAGUAGGGAGCAUGAAGAGGCAGAAAACAAUGAGGGUGGAAAAAAGAAGCCAGUGCAGGCCCCACGCAUGGGCACCUUCAUGGGCGUGUACCUACCGUGUCUGCAGAACAUCUUUGGUGUCAUCCUCUUCCUGCGGCUCACUUGGGUAGUGGGCAUCGCAGGCAUCAUGGAGUCCUUCUGCAUGGUCUUCAUCUGCUGCUCUUGUACGAUGCUCACAGCCAUCUCCAUGAGUGCAAUUGCAACCAAUGGUGUUGUACCUGCUGGCGGUUCCUACUACAUGAUUUCCAGGUCUCUGGGCCCAGAGUUCGGGGGCGCCGUGGGCCUCUGCUUCUACCUGGGCACUACCUUUGCUGGGGCCAUGUACAUCCUGGGCACCAUCGAAAUCCUGCUGGCUUACCUCUUCCCAGCUAUGGCCAUUUUUAAGGCAGAAGAUGCCAGUGGAGAGGCAGCAGCCAUGCUGAACAAUAUGCGUGUGUAUGGCACCUGUGUGCUCACCUGCAUGGCCACUGUGGUAUUCGUGGGAGUCAAGUAUGUCAACAAAUUCGCCCUUGUCUUCCUGGGUUGUGUCAUCCUCUCCAUCCUGGCUAUCUAUGCCGGGGUCAUCAAAUCUGCCUUCGACCCACCCAACUUCCCGAUCUGCCUCCUGGGGAACCGCACACUGUCUCGCCAUGGCUUUGAUGUCUGUGCCAAGCUGGCUUGGGAAGGAAAUGAGACAGUGACCACACAGCUCUGGGGCCUUUUCUGCUCCUCCCGCUUCCUCAAUGCCACCUGUGAUGAGUACUUCACCCGAAACAAUGUCACAGAGAUCCAGGGCAUUCCUGGCGCUGCCAGUGGCCUCAUCAAAGAGAACCUCUGGAGCUCCUACCUGACCAAGGGGGUGAUCGUGGAGAGGCGUGGGAUGCCCUCAGCAGGCCUGGCAGAUGGCAUCCCCGUUGACAUGGACCAUCCCUAUGUCUUCAGCGAUAUGACAUCCUACUUCACCCUGCUGGUUGGCAUCUACUUCCCCUCAGUCACAGGCAUCAUGGCUGGUUCUAAUCGCUCCGGGGACCUGCGGGAUGCCCAGAAGUCAAUUCCCACUGGCACCAUCCUGGCCAUUGCCACCACUUCUGCUGUCUACAUCAGCUCCGUUGUUCUGUUUGGGGCCUGCAUUGAGGGGGUCGUCUUGCGGGACAAGUUUGGUGAAGCCGUGAACGGCAACCUGGUGGUGGGCACACUGGCCUGGCCAUCACCCUGGGUCAUUGUCAUUGGAUCCUUCUUCUCCACCUGUGGGGCUGGGCUGCAGAGCCUCACGGGGGCCCCACGCCUGCUGCAGGCCAUCUCCCGGGAUGGCAUAGUGCCCUUCCUGCAGGUCUUUGGCCAUGGCAAAGCCAACGGAGAGCCAACGUGGGCCUUGCUCCUGACUGCCUGUAUCUGUGAGAUUGGCAUCCUCAUUGCGUCCCUCGACGAGGUCGCCCCCAUCCUCUCUAUGUUCUUCCUGAUGUGUUACAUGUUUGUGAACCUGGCUUGUGCUGUGCAGACACUACUGAGGACACCCAACUGGAGGCCACGCUUUCGAUAUUACCACUGGACACUCUCCUUCCUGGGCAUGAGCCUCUGCCUGGCCCUCAUGUUCAUCUGCUCCUGGUAUUACGCCCUGGUGGCCAUGCUUAUUGCUGGACUCAUCUACAAGUACAUUGAGUACCGUGGGGCAGAGAAGGAGUGGGGCGAUGGGAUCCGCGGCCUGUCUCUCAGUGCUGCUCGCUAUGCCCUCUUACGCCUGGAGGAGGGGCCCCCGCACACCAAAAACUGGAGGCCACAGCUGCUGGUGCUGGUGCGUGUGGACCAAGAACAGAAUGUGGUGCACCCCCAGCUGCUCUCACUGACCUCCCAGCUCAAGGCAGGGAAGGGCCUGACCAUUGUGGGCUCUGUGCUUGAGGGCACCUUUCUGGACAACCAUCCCCAGGCCCAGCGGGCAGAGGAGUCCAUUCGGCGGCUGAUGGAGGCGGAGAAAGUGAAAGGCUUCUGCCAGGUAGUGAUUUCCUCCAACCUGCGUGAUGGCGUGUCCCAUCUGAUCCAGUCUGGUGGCCUCGGGGGGCUGCAGCACAACACCGUGCUCGUUGGCUGGCCCCGAAAUUGGCGGCAGAAGGAAGACCAUCAGACAUGGAGGAACUUCAUUGAGCUGGUUCGGGAAACCACGGCUGGCCACCUGGCCCUGCUGGUCACCAAGAAUGUUUCCAUGUUUCCUGGGAACCCAGAGCGCUUCUCCGAGGGCAGCAUUGAUGUCUGGUGGAUUGUGCAUGAUGGAGGCAUGCUUAUGCUGCUGCCCUUCCUCCUGCGGCACCACAAAGUCUGGCGGAAAUGCAAGAUGCGUAUCUUCACUGUGGCCCAGAUGGAUGACAACAGCAUCCAGAUGAAGAAGGACCUGACCACAUUUCUGUACCAUUUACGUAUCACUGCAGAGGUGGAGGUGGUAGAGAUGCAUGAGAGCGACAUCUCGGCUUACACCUAUGAGAAGACCUUGGUGAUGGAGCAGCGUUCCCAGAUCCUGAAACAGAUGCAUUUAACCAAGAAUGAGCGGGAGCGGGAGAUUCAGAGUAUCACAGAUGAAUCUCGUGGUUCAAUCCGGAGAAAGAAUCCAGCCAACACUCGGCUCCGCCUCAACGUCCCAGAAGAGACACCUGGUGACAGUGAGGAGAAGCCAGAGGAGGAGGUGCAGCUGAUCCAUGACCAGAGUGCUCCCAGCUGCCCCAGCAGCUCGCCAUCUCCAGGGGAGGAGCCUGAGGGGGAGGGGGAGGCGGAUCCUGAGAAGGUGCAUCUCACCUGGACCAAGGACAAGUCGGCGGCAGGGAAGAAUAAAGGCCCUAGUCCUGUCUCCUCUGAGGGCAUCAAGGACUUCUUCAGCAUGAAGCCGGAGUGGGAGAACUUGAACCAGUCCAACGUGCGGCGCAUGCACACUGCUGUGCGGCUGAAUGAGGUCAUCGUGAAGAAAUCCCGGGAUGCCAAACUUGUUUUGCUCAACAUGCCUGGGCCUCCCCGCAAUCGCAACGGUGACGAAAAUUACAUGGAGUUUCUCGAGGUCCUUACCGAGCACCUGGACCGGGUGAUGCUGGUCCGCGGCGGUGGCCGCGAGGUCAUCACCAUCUACUCCUGAGAGCCAGGACCUGCCACCCGGGCUCCAGAGCGCCCGGCCCGCGGCCCUAGAGCCCUCGCCGCGCCCGCCGUCGCUGUCACCGUUUACAUACAGACCCUGUGCCCGCGCCCUGGCCCCUUUUCCCGCUGUCUGAAGCCCGGAGGCCACGUGCGACGGGGCCGACUCCCGGAGGACCGCCGCCGCACGGAGAUCAGAGCCCCGAGCGCCCCGUCGGCGCCCCGCUCUGCGGGCUCUGGGUGCGCUGCCCUUUUUCUAAGUCCGGCCUCGCCAUGCAGGAGGAGACGCUGCAAUAAAGGCGGGGAGGAGGCGCGGAGAGGAGAGGAGCUGGGGCUUUGAGGACCCCCGGGUAGCCCGCGAGGCUCCUCCCCCCUCUUCCCACGCCCCGCCCGGGCCCUCGCUCUGCACUCCUGCUCCGGCGGCCCGCUGGGUGCGCAGCGGGAAGGCUGCGCUCGGCGGCCUCGCCGCCCCUCCUCGCGCGCUGCGGGGCGCUCACGGGCCGGCCAAGCCUAUACAUAGUGUACAGAGACAUCGAGUGUAUUUUUAUCGUCCCCAUGUUUCUGUGACUAGAAGCGCAACGGACUUCUCUUCUCGCCACUGUCGAGCUUUCCCGCUGGGCGCCUCGGGGAGGUGGAGGCCUCGCGAGGGUGGGUUUUCCUUGACGUCCUGGAAUUUGAGAGCAGAAGCGUUUUAGGCCCAGGCGGGAGUCGUGGCCCUGGUCCCUCGACACCCCCGACCCGCUCUCGCCCCUCGCCCUCUCCACUUGCCUAUGGCUUCCGACCCUUUCCCUCUAGUUCUUUACGGAGAUGAGGUGAGACAAGCGUCUUUUUCUGGAUUCGCCUCCCCGCGGAUGUGAGCUUCCACUGCGGCUGCAAGGGCGCGCACCUCCUCUCAUCGGCUCCGGUGCAAGCUGGGGCCAGGGGAGGGGAGGGGUGCUCCUCGAGGGGCGAAACCCUGAGGCCUCGCCCCACGGAGGAAGCCCCGCCCCGGUGCCUUCGCUGGGGGAGCAGGCGUCUCUCCUCAGCCGGCUUGUCGCCUGCUCCCCUUAUCUUAUGGCUCCUCGCCAAAGACUGAAAUCGGGGACCCGGAGGGCGUCCCCUCCCUAGAUUCCUCCCUGGGACAGGUGAGGGAGGAAGGGGGUGAUUUUGGUUUAGAGGUCCGGAACCUCCACCCCGGCCCCGGAAGGCCUCAGCGCUGCCUCUUGAUGUUCUCUCCCCUCUCCCCAUCCGGCAGCUGGCCGCUCAGGCCUCGGGGACCCAGUCACCUUUGCGUUCUGGGGCCUCGCUGCCUAGCGGUGGCCUCCAGCUACAUCUCCCAGGCACCUGGGCCUGGGGAAGGUUGAAGUCUCCAUGUGCUUUGUUCUUAGCACCUCUGCCCUCCUACUAGGACCCAAGGCCUUUGGCUUCUCCACUCCAGUCCUUGUUGCUUCUGCUCCACCAGCCCAGUCGGAAGUGUCCUCUAUCCCUACAGAAGGCACACUGGCAGAGUCCCUUUCCCCCAGGGCACGUUACUAUGGGGGGACAGGCACUGCAUGCUUGUUCCAGUGCUCUCUGGGUCUGGGCACAGUACCUUCAGCUCCAGGGCCCUGACCUUUCACACCUAGACAUCCUGCCUGCUUCCCAGCGCUUGGGCUGCUGGGUACUCCUGACUUCACCACCUCCAUUCUUCAGAGCCCAAGGCCAAGAGUUGGAGCUGGUGCCAUCUGUAGACUGGGUCAGGUGUGGCUGGAGGUAGGUCUGGAUGUCUGCCAGUUUGGUCAAGCCCCCUCUGAUUUGACCAGGGGGCUGCGUAGAAUCUUCCAGGUAGUAAUCAGAACGUUGGAGGUAUUAAGACACCAGCUCUCCACUCUCCUGCAUCCAAAAGACCUCCCUCUGAGAACUACAGCUGGGUCUAGCGUUCUGGGGGCCUAAGCAUUCUUGGCCUCAAGUGGUGAGCUGGGAAGAAGAGGAAGGUGGCUUUAUCAACACCCAAUUAGGGAACCAGAGUUGCAUUAUCUGGGCCCAGACUAUCUGGUUGGCAAGAGCAGUUUCCAUUGAUGAAAAGAAACAUCCCACAACAAAAACCCAUUUUCUGUGCUACAUGUGCAAUAUUUGUUAUGAAUGUCAUCACAAGUCAUUCAUCAAAUUAUCUUUAUAAUCAUUGUAGCUAGAUGUUUCAUGUCCAUUCAAGUGACUUUUAUUCUAAGUGCAAUAUUUCAAUAGCCUUGUAGUGAUAGCUAGUGUUGCUUUUGUUUUAGACUAUCUAUGUGCAGGGCAAUGCAAUGAAGUUGAAAAUCCUUGUAAAUAGGAAAGGUUGCAAACCAAAUCAAGAGUAUUUAUUAUUAUUAGGCCUGCCUUUAAUUUUCAGUAUUCUGCAUUCUGCCUCAGUAUUAAUCUUGUGUUCUUUGUGCCAAUAUGAAAAGGAGAGGGUUGGUUCUUUCCUUAAUUGUUGAAUGCUCCCAUUUAAUGCUUUACAGCUUUUACUGUAUUAAUUUUUUAGACUCCCGUCUGCACAAAAUGCAAUAAAAAUAAUUUUAUUAUACCCUUCA